AUGGCAAUCUUCAACAUCCCCCGCGGCGGCAAGAGAGAGAAGACGAUUAUAAAGCUGAAACUGGUGGUGGAAAUGUUACAAAAGACUGUCUUGCCUGUAGUAGGAGGAGGAGGACAACCUGCAAAGUUGAAAUCUCCACCUCAUGAUCAUCAUCAUGAUCAUGCCAUAAGAAGCUUCUUCAACGAAGAAAACGAGGAUGAUAUUGAAGAUGCCGCCAUUGACGAAGUGGAAACAUCAGGUGGUGGAAGCAGCGGCGGCGGCGUUCCUGCAGACGUGAAAGAAGGUCAUUUUGCUGUAUUUGCGGCGACGGAGGAAGGGGAAGUGAAGAGGUUCGUGGUUCCCCUGAGCUAUCUGGAGUAUGCGCCCUUCACUCGGCUUCUAAAGAAGGCGGAGGAGGAGUAUGGAUUCGAUCGGGACGGAGCUCUGACGGUUCCGUGCCAUCCGACCGAGUUGGAGAGGAUAUUAUCGGAGGGGAAACAACGGCAUCAUCGGAGAAGAGCGUCAGGAUCAUUUAUGCUCAACAAACUCACUAACUGGGUUGAUCUAUCAACCUAACUAAUAAUCAUGCAUUCAUUUAUAAUUUAUUAUAUAUUCU